AGUAUGGACUGUGAUCCUGUGUGUAUUUCUAUUCUUAGUAUUUAAGAAUAAUUUGAGAAUUUCAUUGAUCCUGAUAGGAAUUAUAAUUGCAUUAUGGUCUGGAGCUAUCUGUUUUACGUAUUGCCGAGGGCCUGAUUUUAAGUGUUACUUUUUAUUGGGCUUCGUUAUUCUGGAAGAUUUGUUAACAAUUAUCGCCUGCAUCUAUGUCAAAAGAUUCAAACCAGUGGUGAUAAUAGUUCUGAUAUCUGUAUCGAUCGCUUUUCUGAUAACUGGAGCAGUUUUGUUUUUUUUAGAAAUGCGUCAG